AUGGUUGUCUCAUAUGCUUUGCAGUUUGUUUGGUUAUGGGAUAAAUUGAUAAGAGACUAUUUGUUUCAUCGUAGUAAAUUGGAAAGUGAAAUUCUUAUUAACUUUGAUAUUCAACAUGGAACGCGCAAAAACAUAUGGACAUUAGAUCGUGGUUGUUGGCUUGAUGGACAAAUAAUUACUUUAGUUGCUUUGCAAUUUACAUUAAAGCAAAAGGAUCGUAUCCCAGAUGCGAAAUAUCCAGCGUGGUAUCUACCUACAUAUUUUUCGCAACAUAUUUUGCAACACAAGGUUCAUAAGCCAAACAUGCUCAAGUCCUAUUUUGGAACAAAACGGUACACGGGAAAAAAUUGA